AUGCCCUUACGCCGUAUCAAAGCCAGUCCCCUUGCCUGUCACAUCUGCGGUCAUAUGUUCAGGAAGAUAUCUGCGGUCAAAAAGCAUAUUUUGAAUACCCUUGACUGCCAUAAGAAGCGCGACCAGGAAAUUCACAAGUUGAACCGGACAAAAGCUGUAGGAAGUGAACCCAAUACGUAUGACGAGGACAAUGGACCGGAUAUCGAUUAUAAGCUGGUAGACGUUCAGGAUGUGGAGAUGCAGGGCGGAGGCCAAUUAGGCAACCAGGUGCCAGGAUCGGAUGCAGCAGACCAGGUACCAGAGCAGCCAGGAUUUUGGCUCCCUGGGCCUGACAAAUACAAUUUUUGGGAUAUAGGAGAACUUGCCAACCCCAAUAACUUUGAGAUAGCGGAAUUCUUGCUAGAGAGCCGCCUCAGUGUUAAGGAGCGGGAACAAUUUCUUAGACUGAAUAAGAUUAAGGGACAAAUGCCGUGGUUGUCGAAUUAUAAGUUGAUGGCGGACGUGGAUAAACUGCCGUGCCGUUCUGGAUGGCGAUUCAAAGUUUAUCAGCUGGAUGGCCCCAAAGACGAGUAUCAUUUCCGCCCCGAGCAACAUUAUGCUGGUCAGAAACCAGGAAAGCACAACCGCCAAUACGGAGACGCCAAUGCAUCGCAAGCGUGGUGGGACCUUCAGCAAAAGUUCAAGGACAAAUACGCGACCAUGGGAAGAUACAUCAUAGCGUCAGAUCAGACACCCUUGACGGGAUUUUGUGGGAAUAAGAAGGCUCACCCGGUAUACUUUACAAUCGCAAACUUACCAAAACAUAUCCGGCGUGCUCAUUCAAACCGUGCAAUGGUUUUGAUUGGGUAUCUUCCCAUACCGGACCUUGACUGCAAACCAAAUGACAACAAGGCGCGAGCCAUGCAAACAAAGCUCUUCAACACAUGUAUGCUGUAA